AAGAGAUCAUGUACUCUCCUCGUCGUCUGAUUCUUCCGGUAAGAAAGUGAUAUGACGCGCCAUCGUCCCCAGAGCUACGGACAAAGAACUUGCACUGGCCGUGCCCAGACUGUCUUGCCUUCUCAAGGUCUCAACUGACUCGAAUUCAGCUUGCGUCAAAGGGCUGUCCGUGCGGGCCAUGUCGAAUGGCGACGACGACCGGACUGGUUCGCUUUCUUUUGUAUCCGGUUUUUCUUCGGUGUCAAUGGCCAGAGGCGCCAGGCCCUUCCCACCCGAAAUCUCAAUCGGCUUGGUCCAUAUCCUCACCGCUCCAUCAUGGCUGCCAGUCGCAAACAUGAACGGAUCCUCCGCGGCGUGGUUCCAUGCAAUACAAGUCAAAUCUCCAGAUUGCUGAGCGGCCCGGAUAUGCCGAAGCAGUGUCCCGCUUUCUUGGUCCCAGAUGUGAAUAUCCCCGGCUGUGACAUGAAGUCAGAGAGGUACCCAAAUCCAGAACAAGCACAUUGACUGACCUUUUCCGGCACAUAAGACCAGCUCAUCGUUCUUGCCGCCGAAGUAGCUUGGGCCAGCAAACUCGACCGAAUGUUUGGGCAUGUAACCUUGCCUUAGUGUCAAUCUAGCAACCAUUUGCGACGGAUGCUCGCGAUCCUUCACUAAAUCCAGCUUCCAUAAUUGCGGUGGUGCCUUCAUCUUCGUCAGCUGUUGGGAUGCAGACUGAAGCGGACGACCAGACCUUAUUUUCGUAGCUGACCAAUGCAACGAGACCGUUCCGUGUGGUGUUUCGGGCUAGGGUGACAUCACGGACAUCGUUGAGGACAGGUGUUUGA